AAUCCCAAAAAAAACCGUUUUUUUAUUUUUUUUGGUUCUUUCCAAAACCUAUUUGUUGUUUUCCUCCUUGUUUGUGAAAAUUUUGUUCGACAUGUCAAAAUCUGGAUUCUCCAAACCCAAAAAUCCUACUAUUGUACUAUCUCAACUCUUUCUUCAUCCAUCAUACAUGGGAUUUUACAUUUGAUUUUCACUUCUAAUUUGUAAACUUACUUUUUCACUCGCAUUCAUACUCAUAGUAGUAGCAGACACAUACACUACACAAUUUGUGAGAAGAGGAGAAGGAAUGGCGGCUUUUGCUCCAAUAAGAAAGACCCCAUCACCAGGCAUAGAGAUUCCCGAAGAAUGGUCAGCUGCUGCAUACACCAUAGCAAAAAGUUUUACCAGAUCACUGCCUCCUGUUGUAUUCAUCUGCGGCGCUAAGAACAGUGGCAAAACCACUUUCUCUCGUUAUCUCCUUAACACUUUCCUCCCUAGAUACAAAAGUGUAGCUUAUCUGGAUACAGAUGUUGGACAACCAGAGUUCACUCCUCCUGGAUGCCUAUCCCUCACUAUCAUUGAUGAAGCAACUCCAGACUUAACAAUCCCUUGUCUGAAGACACCUCAAAGAUGCUAUUUCUUUGGAGAUGUUUCUUCAAAAAGGGACCCUGAAACAUACUUGAAUUGCAUAUUUGCGUUGUAUGAUCACUAUAGAAAGGACCUAAGGAUUUCAUGUAAGAAUGGAAGCCCUGGUGCAGCUGAGCUGCCCCUUAUUAUUAACACGCCUGGUUGGGUGAAAGGUCUUGGUUUUGAUAUACUGGUUGAUAUAUUGAAGCACAUUGCUGCUACACAUGUGGUUAAGAUAAAUAUAUCUUCUGAACGCAAGAAUCUACCUAGUGGCGCAUUCUGGCUUGAUGAACUUGAUGAAUGUUCCGUAAACUUGGUGGAGAUCACUUCUGCUUGCAAGGAUUCUUACAACCGAUCGGUGUUGGUGCAGAAGGAAGCACGUCUUAUUAGAGAGCUACGACUGAUGGCUUACUUUAGGCAGUGCUUUCCAAGUAGUAUGAGUAUCACCACGAUCAAAGAACUUGCUCUUGCAGUAGCCUCUCUUACUCCUUACCAAGUCCAUAUAUCAAGUAUCAAAAUCAGGCAUCUUCAUUGUGAGGUACCAAUUUCUGAAGUCUUCUACAGUUUGAAUGCAACAAUAGUAGGAUUGGCUGUUAGCUGUGAAGACUCUCAAUCUUUGCCUGUCUGUGUUGGCCUUGGUAUCGUGAGAGGCAUUGAUUCAUUGAAGAACGUGAUCUAUUUGAUCACACCUGUUCCACAGAAUAUCCUAGCUGGUGUAGAUCUUCUCCUACAAGGAUAUAUUCAGAUACCUAUUGGCUUGCUUCAGGUACAAGGUUGCAUGUCACCUUACAUGUCUGCAAAUGUCAUCCCCACAUAGGCACAAACUAUUUGAUAGACUUUGUCCAACUGAUGAAGAACGUCAGAGUAGCGGAGUAGAAAGCUGUAAUCUACUUAUGAUAUAAUUGUAGGUUUAAGUUAAUCAGUUAGUACUAACUAGCGUUAAGAACAUUAGGUGACGAUGCAUCUAUGCAUGAAAUUAGCUAUAUAACUUAGUUACCAAAUCCUAACAGAACAUUAUGUGAAGGCAGGAAGAGGGAGCAUCAAUCCAUGAAUUUAGCUGUAAUUUAUAUGGGCACAUUUUGGUUUUUACAGUGGUCGUUUGAUGGACAAUAUUAUGGCAUAAUCGACAGUGUUUCUGA